UUCAACAGCUCUGUGCUGUCAGUAUCUAUUAUCGGUGUCAUGCAAAGUGAGGUACCAAUUGAAAUCAACGAAGCGCGUGCCAUAUCAUUGCUCAAUGAUGUGUUCCUGCCCAUCAAUACACGCUUCUCCUCCAUCAUGGUUAAGGAUAGAAAAGGUGAGAAACAAUGGAAAAGGGUUGAGGUGAAGCUUGAAGAGCACGUUAAUUUUCCUAUUUUCCCUACUGGCUUGUUACCCACCUCAUAUGAUGAAUAUCUUGAAGAUUAUAUAUCAAACAUUGCAAUGGAGCAUUUUUCACAGAACAAACCACUAUGGGAAAUUCACAUGGUUAAAUAUCCAACAAGCAAUGCAGCUGGUACUAUCAUAUUCAUGCUUCACCAUGCGCUUGGUGAUGGCUACUCUUUCAUGGGUGCACUUCUUUCUUGUCUUCAAAAGGCUGAUAAUCCUUCUCUUCCCCUAACAUUUCCUUCUCACCAAUGCUCAGAGCCAGAAAGUGGCAGAGAAAGUGUUUUUGGAAGAGUAUCUCAACUUUGUUCCUUCAUCUUUAACUCUGUAUCUGAUUUUGGUUGGAGCAUGUUAAAGAGUACAUUGGUCGAAGAUGAUCGAACACCGAUAAGGUCUGGGGCUGAAGGAGUCGAAUAUCAGCCAAUCAUGGUAUCAAACAUGAUAUUCUCUAUGGAUUGUAUCAAACACAUUAAGGCCAAGCUUGGAGUGACAGUAAAUGGUGUAAUUACUGGAAUAAUUUUCCUCGGCACCCGGUUAUACAUGCAAGGGAUUAGCAAUAAAUCAACUAAAUCACAUUCCACAGCAUUGGUAUUGCUCAACACUAGAACAAUGAGUGGCUACAAGUCAAUUGAGGAGAUGCUUAAACCUAACUCAAAGGUGCCAUGGGGGAACCAAUUCGCCUUCUUGCAUGUACCAAUGCUAGAGCUUAAGGACCAUAAAUCUCAAAACCCACUUGACUUUGUUUUGGCAGCAAGCAAGAUAAUCAAUAAGAAGAAAAGUUCAUUGGGUGUUUAUCUCACUGGUAGGUUUUUGGAGAUUGUGAAGAAACUUAGAGUUCCUGAGGUAUAUUCAUGAUCUUAUUCAUCACCA